GUUCCAUAGACACUAACUUCAAGACAAGGUGUACAGGACCAGAUAAGUAUUGGGAGCUCAUAAGCCAUAGAUACGAGAGUCGGUAAAAAAAGUAGGCCUCAUAUUGAAAAGAUAAGCGCACACACCGAACGGCUAUAGCAAUCAGAUCCUUGAAAGACAUACAAGAGACACACUAUGGAACAAAAUCCAAUAGAGGAAUCACCUGAAAAUCUACAUCCCUCUAAAGGUACUGACUCACCAAUCGAUGAGAAUACCAAGGAAUCUAAUAACGAGGAGACUUCUCCUCCCCAGAGGCCUCCAUUCAAGAUACUUCCGUCACUGCCUGACGUUGGUAUCUACAAGAAGCUCACCUCAAUCAUCCCCAAAACACUUCUUCUGACACCCAUGAGCCCUGUAGACGUGAAGAGCGACCCAUUGGGGUCUCCCUUAGAGGAGGAGAUAGAUACAGCAGCACCGGUUGGAGAACUGAGAUCGCUGAACUAUUUUGUAAACAUAUUCACAACUGCAGUAGUUUAUGCUGGAUUGGGCGGGAUUGCGAGUGUAAAGUCCAAGACAGAGGAAUUGAGUGAGGGUAAAGAGGGACGAAAACUAGAUAUUCAAGAGGAAUUGGCUAGUGUCGAUGAGACAGAAGUAGUUGAAGGGGUUGAUGAAGAUCAGGAUGACGAUACAGAAUAUGACGAGGAGGAUAUUGAAGAUGAAGAAGAAGACGAAGACGAAGAAGAUCGGGUGAUAGGCAAUAAAGAUGCUGAGAAGAUUGAGAACGACUCACAGAUUGAAUCUGCAAAUUUGCGCAUCCAAGAAGCUCAAAUACGUCACGACCAAGGUGGCGAUGAUGAAAAGGUAACCAACCUUCUUGCGAGUUUGACUGCCAACAAACAUUUGGACGAAUUGUAUAAGGUGGAGUUAGAGAGAGAUACCCAUCUGUUGUCUUCCAGCAUACGACCACCGCUGAAGAGACCUUCGAUCAUCGAACAUGGUUUAGAAGGGUUACAAGCAGUUGCUAUGACGGCAGGCACGGCCGUAGCUACAAAAACAGAACCUAGCGAUGAAUCAUCAUUACCAUCUCGUGAUGAACUCAGCACAUUUCAAAACUCCAUUUUAGAUAAUUUAGACCCACAUCUUAUUCGAGAAAGUUUUCUUCUCAAGGCCAAAGAAGGUGAAACUACAAACAACACUGAAGAUAAGGCAAAGCAACAACGGCUUUAUCUACAAAUAGCAGAUAAGCUUCAGCUGGUGUUUGAACUCAGCGAUGACGACUACUUCUAUGGAAACUACAAUGCUUGGCUCAUCAAAGAUGUUCUUUUACAAGGACAUCUCUAUUUGACCAGGGAAAGCAUUUUAUUCUUUGCAUUUCUUCCGAAACGAUACAGUUCAGGAGGAGGAGACGAAGAGGUCAUUCAAACGGGAUCUCUUGGGAUGAAGGCUACAAAGUACGGAGAAACAAUCUUGACUACAGUUCUUACUCAUCGAUUCUGGGCAAUUUUACGAGCUGAAACAUUGAGUUUCUACAGCUCUACCACUGAUUUGUAUUUCCCUACUUUGGUUGUGGAUUUGAAUACUUGUUUAAGGGUUGAAAUCAUGAACAGUAACGUGAACAAUGCUGCCACUCCCAAUGAAAAUGGAGGCUUUCGUAUGGGUGCCACUUCUCCCCGAAAUAAUGGCUCUUCAAGGAAUUCCAUUAGUGAUGAUUCAUCAAUUGAAAUUGACAUAUCUGCUGAUGAUGCAGAAAAUGUAAUUGGUGGAGUAUGGUUCAAGCUAGUAACGACGAAAAAGUCAUAUCGAUUCCACACAGAUAACCUUUACUCUGCGCGUCAAUGGGUGAAUAACUUAACCAAGAUAAUCUUUCAAAAACAAAACUCUAACCCACGUAAUGAGGUAUUGUUCAAGAUUCCACUUGAAAAAGUGAUAGACUUCCAAAGAAAUAUGCUUUUCACUAGUGAAGAAGAUGAUCCAGAAGAUGCACAAGCAACUACAUGUUGUGUAAAAUUCACCGAGGGAGAUGACAUGAGGGAAAGUACUCAUCAUAUUCUGACUGAGAAGGUAAAGAAAAGGUUUCGCAAGAAGGAAGUAAGCCCCCCAUUGGGGAAUUCAAGUUUUGGAUUAGAUGAAGUAUACUUCUUAUUCUUUAAAAAUGGAGAGAACUUUUAUGACAAAUUGAAGGAUAUAAUACUGGAGAGAGAGAAUGGAGAAGUGAAAGCUGAUUCCAGAAGAAAUCGUAAGACUGAUGUACUCAUGGAUAUGGCGAAGAAAAUUGUCAGAAGAGACUCAAUAGAUAGUAAUAGUACGGGGAGAAGCUCCAAAGAAAGUUCAAGACCUCGUUCUCGGACCAUAUCCACAUUAAACCCAAGCACUCAUAAUCAGUUAGUGAAAAGUGUCAUGCUUCAGCCAAUAAAGAAUGACUCUGAGACAUUGUCAGCCAGAUCAUUAACACCGCCACCAGCAGCACCACCAGUCACAGUGACGCUAUCGCCAACAGCUUCAAAAAUGAAAAAGAUCGGGAGAUUGACAACUCCAGGGAAAUUAUUGACAAGGCACCGGUCAAAGAGCUGUGACAUAUCUCGACCAUCCUCCCCCGAAACUGAAACUACAACCUUAUCAACUCCUGACAUGAAUAACCUCUCUUCAACAUCGAAUCAGGUGCACCUUCCUAGACCUCUUUCUGUUACUGGAUUGAAGAAUCUUAACAUGUCGUUCGAGACGUCACAAAGAAAGAUUGAUGUGGCAGAAUCCAGGUAUGCAGAAGAAAAGGAAAAUGAUACUAGAAAUAGUGAUGGCUCUACAAAUACCGGACUGGAUCCAAGUAGUGUACCGGUAGUCUUAUCAACACCAUUGAACCUCACAGACCCCUCGGAACUUGAUCAUGAACCUAAAACCAAGCAAAAUAAACUAAAAACACUCGGUAAGAGUAUCAAAGCACUUAAGAAUGUUUCGAAUAUGUGGCUGGCUAACCCUACCCAUAUAGUAGAGGCUGUUUUAGAUGACCCUUAUUUUGUUCGAGAUGCAGAUGCUCGUGAUAUAUCAGAAAGACAUUUCCAUAACCAUUUUCUGCUUAAUUCAACCAAGAAGCUCAUAUCCAGUUAUUAUUGUCAUUUACAGAGAUCAAUUCCGGUUUAUGGGAAAUUGUAUUUGGGAGACUCCGAACUCUGCUUUAGAAGUUUACUUCCUGGAGUUUCAACAAGAAUGAUUUUACCAUUAUCCGAUAUCGAGACUUGCCAUAAGGAGAAGAGUAUGAAAUUGACAUAUUCAGGUUUAGUGAUUGUGAUCCGAGGUCAUGAAGAAUUAUUUUUCGAAUUUGGUACUCAAAAGUCAAGGGAUGACUGUGAAUGGAUGAUCCUACUGGAGUUGGAAAAAAACACUAACCAGUUUGUAGAAGAUAAAUCUAUAUCCAAGAACUCUCGUGAAUCUAAACCAAAGUUUCUUUUUGGGGAUACACCUGAACUGGACAUCAAACUUGCAUCAUCUAGAAUAGAAAAUGCAAGAAUUAAAUUGUUUGAAGACAAAAUUAAUGCUGCUGCAGGGUUGGAUGUCCCAAUUAUUCUUGAAGAUUCACCGUUUUUCAAAACAGAAAUAAGACCUUCAACAUCGUACAACUUUACCCUUUUAUCGAUCGGGUCUCGAGGAGAUGUACAACCAUAUAUUGCAUUGGCUAAGGGGUUGAUUGCAGAAGGACACAAUGUUACAAUCGCUACUCAUAAAGAGUUUGAAUCUUGGGUACUUGAUCAUAAUAUCAAGUUUAAAGAAGUGGCAGGGAAUCCAACCGAACUUAUGUCCUUAAUGGUCACUCAUGGCUCAAUGUCUCUUGGGUUUAUUAAGGAAGCAAGUUCCAAAUUACGUGGUUGGAUAACAGAACUAUUAACCACCAGCUGGGAAGCCUGUCAAGGCUCUGACGUUUUAAUAGAAAGUCCUUCUGCUAUGGGUGGUGUACAUAUCGCUGAAGCAUUGGGAAUUCCAUACUUUCGAGCAUUUACUAUGCCCUGGACCCGUACUAGAGCUUACCCUCACGCGUUCAUUGUACCAGACCAGAAAAAAGGCGGCAGUUACAAUUAUUUAUCUCAUGUAAUGUUUGAAACUGUAUUUUGGAAGGGUAUUUCAUCUCAGGUCAACCGAUGGAGAGUUGAAGUAUUGGGCAUUCCUCGUACUAAUUUGUUUAAACUUCAGCAAACAAAGAUCCCAUUUUUGUACAGUAUUUCACCGACUGUAUUCCCACCGUCAGUCGACUUUCCAGAUUGGGUUAAAGUUACUGGGUAUUGGUUUUUAGAUGAAGGUGCAGACAAAAAAUAUGAACCUCCAGUCGAACUAGCGGAAUUCUUGGAAAAAGCUCACAAGGAUAAAAAGAAAAUUGUUUACAUUGGGUUUGGUUCCAUCGUUGUCAGUGAUGCAAAGACUUUAACCACGGCAGUGGUCGAUGCAGUAUUGGAUGCUGAUGUCAGAUGUAUUUUGAAUAAAGGAUGGUCAGAUCGAUUAAGCAAGAAUGAGGAGAAGAAUGAACCAGAAGUGGAACUUCCUGCCGAAAUCUAUAACACUGGGAACAUCCCUCAUGAUUGGCUCUUUCCUCGAAUAGAUGCAGCCGUGCAUCAUGGAGGUUCAGGAACCACUGGUGCCACGUUAAGAGCAGGGCUACCUACAGUUAUCAAACCUUUUUUCGGAGAUCAGUUUUUCUUUGCCUCUAGAGUGGAAGACCUUGGGGUUGGAUUAUCUCUUAAGAAAUUAAAUGCUAAAUCUCUUUCACGGUGCUUAAAGACGGCCACAACAGAUACACGUAUGAUUGAAAAGGCACACAAAGUAAGGGAUCGAAUCAAGCAUGAAAAUGGUGUUUUGAAUGCUGUUGAAUGUAUUUAUUCCGAGCUUGAAUAUGCCAGAAAUUUAAUCUUAACGAAGCAACUUGACCAUGAACGAGAAAUAAAGAGUGAGACUCAGACCCCCGUUGUGUACGAGGAAGACGAACUAGAGAUUGAGGAUGAAGAAGAAGAUGAAGAAGAAGAUCUAGAAGAUGAUGAUGGAGCCUCUAUUGAAAUGGUUGCGAAGAAAUUCAAGCAAAAGAUGGCUCCUACGAUACAAACUGAGAAGGUUGAAGAUGACGGGGAAGUUGAUGCAGCAGAAAUUGAUCUAAGUACGAGCGAUGGGAAUGGACGAGAAUCCGCAUCCGACGGGUCCUGGCAAAUUUUAUGAUAAAAUUU